AUGAGGGCGCUGCUGACUUUCUUGACGAUGGGAUCCCUGGCUGCUCACAUUGCAGAAGAACCCUGGAAACUGCUUCAGCAUGUGAAAUUCCAGUCCAGCAACUUCGAGAACAUCCUGACAUGGGACAGCGGCCCAGAUAGCACACCAGACACGGUCUACAGCGUGGAGUAUAAGACGUAUGGAGAGAAAUCGUGGCUGCCCAAGGCAGGCUGCCAGCUGAUCUCCCAGAGGUCCUGCAACCUGACCACAGAGACCAGCAAAACCACAGAAUUCUACUAUGCCAGGGUCACGGCCAUGAGCACGGGGGGCCGCUCAGCCACCAAGAUGACCGAGCGGUUCAGCUCGCUGCAGCACACUACCAUCAAACCACCAGAUGUGACUUGUAUCCCCAAAGUCAGAUCUGUUGAGAUGAUUGUCCAUCCUUCCCCCACGCCCAUCCAAGCACAGGAUGGCCAUCAGCUCACCCUGAAUGACAUCUUCAAGGACCUGUUCUACCGCGUAGAGCUCCGUGUCAACCAUACCUACCAAAGGCACCUCGGUGGCAAACAGAGACAAUACGAGUUCCUUAGUCUGACCCCCGACACGGAGUUCCUCGGUUCCGUCACGAUUCUGGUUCCCACCUGGUCCAAGGAGAGCGCCCCCUACGUGUGUCGUGUGAAGACGCUGCCAGAUCGGACCUGGGUCUACUCCUUCUCAGGUAUCAUCCUGUUCUUCAUGGGCUUCCUGAUGGCGGGCCUCUGCUACCUGAGCUACAGAUACGUCACCAAGCCACCAGCGCCCCCCAACUCCCUGAAUGUCCAGCGAGUGCUUACCUUCCAGCCACUCCGCUUCCUCCAGGAGCACGUCCUGAUCCCCGUCUCUGACUUCAGUGGCCCCAGCAGUCUGGCCCAACCUAUGCAGUACGACCAGAUCAAGGUCUCUGAUCUCCAGGGGACCCCCGGAACAGUGCCGCUGCAGGACCUGCCCGAGACAGCCUACGUAGGGCAGCCAGAUGUCUCCAUCCUCAGGCCCUCCAAUGAGUCCCCUCCCCAGACUCCGGACCCCCAGCCAUCCCAUACUCCCAAGACGCUCCCUGAAGUCCCACCACCAUCCUACGCACCCCAAGUCACAGCCGAAGAGAAGCCACCAGCCUACACACCACAGGCUGUCCCUAAGUCUCAGACUCUUUCCUAUGUCCCACAGGACACCACCACUGACAGCUGGCUUCCUUCCUAUGGCAUAUGUGUGGAGGGACCUAGCCAAGAACAGCCCCCUGAGACAAUCCCUAAUCCCACACACCUUUGGCCCAAGUGUCAGAUCUCCAAAGAGGUGCCCACUGGGAGUUGCAUCCCAGGUGGCCUUUCUCUACGGGAGGUGACCUCCCCGUCCCUGGAGGACUCCCAGGAAGCUGAACUGCCCCACCUGCCUCUGGGCCUUUGCACGGACAGCAAACCUGACCCCAGCAUGCUGCACAGUGAGGAGCCAGGGACCCCACACUUCCUCGGAAGCCACCUCCCACUCUUGUCCUCUGUGCAGAUUGAAGGUCACCCUGCACCCCUCCUUCUUAGUGCCCCGUCUCCUCCCUGCUCCCCCUCUGAUCAGGGCCCGCAGCUUUGGAGUCUGCUGGAUUCCCUGGUGUGUCCCAAGGAUGAAGGGCUGAGGUCUGAGACAGAAGCCACGAGCUCAGUCCCUGAGAACUCAAGUCUGGAGUCGCCCGUGGAGCUGGACUCCCUGUUCAGAGGACUAGCCCUCACUGUGCAGUGGGAAUCUUGA